CAUUCAAUUUUGCUGUUCACUCGGUUUAAUUAAUUUUGUUGUAUAUGUUAUUCAGUAUUCGGUCGCAAAUACACAGUAAGCGUAUGGAAGAGCAUCAGGUGGUGCCCGAUGUCCUCGAUGUCAUUCCGCCCAAUGUUAUCGAGGUCUCAUACCCGGGCGGUCAUGCGGUCGCAUUGGGUAAUGAGUUGGCGCCCAAACUCGUCAAAGACAUCCCAGAGCUUCGGUGGCCUACAGAAGAGGGGGCGUUGUAUACCCUAUGUAUGACAGAUCCCGAUGCGCCCACACGUACUGACCCAAAGAACGGAGAGUUUAAACACUGGUUGGUAAUCAACAUACCGGGGCUCGACAUACAGUCUGGUAAAACGUUGGCCGGAUAUAUAGGAUCAGGUCCGCCCCGAGGCUCGGGUCUGCAUCGAUAUAUAUUCGUAGUGUAUAGACAGCCUGGUACUCUAGAUAUUAGUGGUAAGUGUGUGUCGAACCGGGAUCUGGAAGGGCGCCAUAAAUUCAAAAUACGUGACUUCGCCCGAAACCACGGGUUGGGUGAACCCAUAGCCGGCAACUUCUUUCAGGCCAAAUGGGACAGUUAUGUACCCCGACUAUACGCCCAGUUCGCUAUGGCUAUGAUUACCAAACGGUGUUCAAUCAUGUGA